AUGAGGGGCCGGCGGGGCAGGCCGCCCAAGCAGCCCGCGGCUCCGGCUGCGGAGCGCUGCGCCCCGGCCCCGCCGCCGCCGCCGCCGCCGCCGCCGCCACCACCACCGCCACCGCCACCGCCGCCACCGCCGCCGCCGCCGCCGCCGCCGCCCGCGUCCGGACCCAUCGGGGGGCUGCGCUCGCGGCACCGCGGCAGCAGUCGGGGCAGGUGGGCCGCCGCCCAGGCUGAGGUGGCGCCCAAGACGCGGCUGAGCUCGCCCAGGGGGGGCGGCCGCAGGAAGCCGCCGCCGCCGCCACCGCCGGCCUCCGCCAGCAGCGCCAGCGGCCCGGGCCGGGGGGGCCGAGGAGGCGGGGGCGGCAGGACGGGGGGCGGGGGCGGCCACCUGGCCCGGACCACCCCGGCCCGCCGCGCCGUCAACAAAGUGGUGUACGAUGACCACGAGAGCGAGGACGACGACGAGGAGGAGGACAUGGUCUCCGAGGAGGACGAGGAGGAGGAAGAGGACGGCGACGCCGAGGAGACCCAGGAUUCUGAGGACGAUGAGGAAGAUGACAUGGAGGAGGACGACGAUGACUCCGAUUAUCCGGAGGAGAUGGAAGACGACGACGACGACGCCAGUUACUGCACGGAAAGCAGCUUCAGGAGCCAUAGCACAUACAGCAGCACUCCAGGUAGGCGAAAACCAAGAGUACAUCGGCCUCGCUCUCCAAUAUUAGAAGAAAAAGACAUCCCACCCCUUGAAUUUCCGAAGUCCUCCGAGGAUUUAAUGGUGCCUAAUGAGCAUAUAAUGAACGUCAUUGCCAUUUACGAGGUUGUGCGGAACUUUGGCAGUGUGUUAAGGUUGUCCCCUUUUUGCUUUGAGGACUUCUGCGCAGCUCUGGUCAGCCAAGAGCAGUGCACACUCAUGGCAGAGAUGCACGUGGCGCUUCUCAAAGCGGUUCUGCGCGAAGAGGACACAUCCAACACCACCUUCGGCCCUGCCGAUCUGAAAGACAGUGUCAACUCCACCCUGUAUUUCAUCGACGGGAUGACGUGGCCAGAGGUCCUGCGGGUGUACUGUGAGAGUGAUAAGGAGUACCAUCAUGUUCUUCCUUACCAGGAGGCAGAGGACUAUCCAUAUGGACCAGUGGAGAACAAAAUCAAAGUUCUGCAGUUUCUAGUUGAUCAGUUCCUGACGACCAAUAUUGCUCGGGAGGAGCUGAUGUCUGAAGGGGUGAUCCAGUACGAUGACCAUUGUAGGGUCUGUCACAAACUGGGAGACUUGCUUUGCUGUGAGACGUGCUCAGCUGUGUACCAUUUGGAGUGCGUGAAGCCGCCUCUUGAAGAGGUGCCGGAGGACGAGUGGCAGUGUGAGGUCUGUGUGGCACACAAGGUGCCUGGCGUGACUGAUUGUGUUGCUGAAGUCCAAAAGAAUAAACCGUAUGUUCGACAUGAGCCGAUUGGAUAUGACAGAGGCCGCAGGAAAUACUGGUUCUUAAACCGAAGACUCAUAAUAGAAGAAGACACAGAGAAUGAAAAUGAAAAGAAAGUUUGGUACUACAGUACAAAGGUCCAGCUUGCAGAACUAAUAGACUGUCUAGACAAAGAUUACUGGGAAGCAGAACUGUGCAAGGUUCUAGAAGAGACUCGAGAAGAGAUGCACCAGCACAUGGACAUAACGGAAGAUCUGACCAACAAAGCGCGGGGCAGCAACAAAUCCUUUCUAGCGGCAGCUAACGAAGAAAUUUUGGACUCCUUAAGAAUCAAAAGAGGGGAAGAUAUUGACUGUGACCCGAGCCCGGAAGAAACGGAAAAAGACAAGAAUGAGGUUGACGCUGACAACUCCAAGGAUGCUGAGAAGAGCAAGGAGGAGUCGGAGGAGCAGUCCCUUGAGAAGGACGGGGACGGCAAAGUCCUGGGUGAAGAGCCUGGGCAAGGAAAACCUGAGGAGCCAACAGAAGUUGGGGAUAGAGGUAACUCUGUGCCAGCAAAUCUUGGGGACAACACAACUAAUGCUUCUCCAGAAGAGACUAGUCCCUGUGAAGGGAGGAGCCCCGAGGGCUGUCUCUCAGAAACCCAUGAGAGCAGCAACAUGGCAGAGAAGAAGGUGGCAUCUGAGCUCUCCCCGGAUGUACCAGAAGACUCUAACAAGACAUGUGACAGCAGUAACACUAGUGCUACCACUGCCUCCAUCCAGCCUAAUCUGGAACCCAGUAACAGCAGCAGUGAACUCACUUCCUCCCAGAGUGACUCUGCUAAGGCAGCCGAUGACCCUGACCUUGGAGAGAGAGACUCCCACACACCUGUCUCUGGUCAAGAAGAGAUAGGUGAUUUCAGAUUGGAGAAGUCUAACGGAGAGAUGGCCGAGUCCCCUGGAGCUGGGAGAGGGACGACCGGUUCCACUCGCAUCAUCACCAGAUUGCGGAACCCAGAUAGCAAACUCAGUCAGCUGAAGAGUCAGCAGGUGGCAGCCGCAGCCCAUGAAGCAAAUAAAUUGUUUAAGGAGGGCAAAGAGGUGCUGGUAGUUAACUCCCAAGGAGAAGUUUCACGGUUGAGCACCAAAAAGGAAGUGGUCAUGAAAGGGAGCAUCAACAAUUAUUUUAAGCUGGGACAAGAAGGGAAGUAUCGCGUCUACCACAAUCAGUACUCUACCAACUCCUUUGCCCUGAAUAAGCACCAGCACAGGGAGGACCAUGACAAGAGGAGGCACCUGGCACAUAAAUUCUGUCUCACUCCAGCCGGGGAGUUCAAAUGGAAUGGAUCUGUUCACGGCUCCAAAGUCCUUACCAUAUCUACGCUGAGACUCACCAUCACGCAGCUAGAAAGCAACAUCCCUUCAUCCUUUCUUCAUCCCAAUUGGGCUUCACACAGGGCUAAUUGGAUCAAGGCCGUUCAGAUGUGUAGUAAACCCAGAGAGUUUGCAUUGGCUCUUGCAAUUUUGGAGUGUGCUGUUAAACCGGUUGUGAUGCUGCCAAUAUGGCGGGAGUCUUUAGGGCACACCAGGUUACAUAGGAUGACAUCAAUUGAAAGGGAAGAAAAAGAGAAAGUUAAAAAGAAGGAGAAGAAACAGGAGGAGGAGGAGACCAUGCAGCAGGCCACCUGGGUGAAAUACACGUUUCCAGUGAAGCAUCAGGUUUGGAAGCAAAAAGGAGAGGAAUACAGAGUGACAGGAUAUGGCGGCUGGAGCUGGAUUAGUAAAACACACGUUUAUAGGUUUCUUCCCAAAUUACCAGGCAAUACCAAUGUGAACUACAGGAAGCCCCUGGUAGGAGCCAAAAAUAAUACAGAUGAAAAUAAGGAUGAAUCAGAUAAAAGAAAAAGUCCACGAAGUCCAAAAAAAAUGAAGACCGAAUGUGAUUCUGAGAAAGGUGAGGCAAAAGAUUCAGAAGCUGCAGCCGGAGCAGAUGAAAGUGCAAUGGAACUAUCUAAGGUGUCUGAGAAGAAGGACCAAGAUGUCAAAGAAGUUUUAGAUUCUGAUAAUGACAAAUCGUUCAAGGAAGAACCAAUGGAGAUAGAUGAUACUGUCAGAACAGAGUCCCAUAUAAACUGUCAGGAGAAUACUCAGGUGGAUGUGGUCAAUGUCAGUGAGGGGUUCCAUCUAAGGACUAGUUACAAAAAGAAAACAAAAUCCUCUAAGCUGGACGGGCUCCUGGAAAGGCGGAUUCGACAGUUCACACUGGAAGAGAAGCAGCGCCUUGAAAAGUUGAAACUGGAGAGUGGGUUGAAGGGAGUAGGCAAGCCUCUCACCAGUGCUCUCAAAAGCCCCUCUGAAUCAGCAGUAACUGCAAAGGCCAGCGAAGGGUGUCAGGGUGACUGGCUCAGACAGGAACAAAGCCCCAGUCCGAGCCAAGCUAGCCCUGGGGACUCAGGACAUGGGUGUUCACAAAGUGAUCCUACUCUGAGCACAAACAAACUCUACCCAAAAGAUCAAGUGUCAGAUGAUGUCUCUGUUCAGAGUUCAGGGCCAAACUGUCAGCGACUGAACUCUGUUGAAAGUGCCCUAGAUGCCAGUAUCUCUGAGCCUGCCAGUAAGGGACUGGAACUAAGUCAAACUAAAACCCAAGGAAGUGACUUUAUCAUUGACGAUGCUAAAGCAACCAGUGCAGAGGAUGUUGGCACUUUGACCUCUAAGAGCAAAAAGCCACUCCCACAGGAAGAGAGCAGCACAACCGUGCCUUCUUCCAAGAGUACUGUACCAGCAUCAGUACCUAAAAGUACCAGUGACAGAGAUGCCCGGCCCUUCCCCAAAGCAAUGGACUUUGAUGGGAAACCAGGUUGUGACUCUGAAUGUAAUAGCACUUUGGAAAAUAGUUCUGAUACCAUGUCUAUUCAAGAUAGCAGUGAAGAAGAUAUGAUUGUUCAGAAUAGCAAUGAAUGUGUCUCUGAGCAGUUCAUAACCCCAGACCAAGGCAUGGAGAGUGCGGAGCCGUCAAAAUGUGAGUUAGUUCCUAAAUCCACUGAAAAUUGUGAAGAUAAACUACAGGGUAAGGUAGCUGAAGCAAAUGGUAAAAAACCAGGUCAGCACCAAAAGCUGGAUGAGAGACCAGUUAACAAAUGCACUGACCAAAUGAGUUUAAAACAUGCCACUGACAGAAAGAAUAAUGAAAACCGAGAGUCUGAAAGGAAAGGGCAUAAGGCAAAUAAACUUCAGAUAAAUGGCAAAGACAGUAAAGCCAAGGGUCACCUGAAGGGGCAAUGCCUGAAGGAUGGCUCUGAAGGUAAAGUUGUGAGUGGUCCUGUUGAACCAAAGGUCAAUAAUAUCAGUAAAGUCAUCCCUGGAAACAUCAAGCCACUGGCUGUUAAGGAAUCUGCCGUGAAGCCGUUUGUUAACGGUGACAUCAUCAUGGAAGAUUUCAAUGAACAAAACAGUUCUGAAACCAACUCACAUUCACUGAGUUCUUUAGAUGCCAAAGGUAAUCACCAAGACAGCCUCCAUACCCUCCCAUCCACCAAAGAGUCAGACAGUACCCAGGUAACCAUACGCCCAGCCCCUUGUCCAGAAAGCAACUCAUUUAAUCAGGUGGAAGAUAUGGAAACAGAGAGUCCAGAGGUUAAGAAGGUUACCCCAUCUCCUGUUACUUCUGAAGAGAUGUCUAACCUUAGUAAUGACUUCAUGGAUGAAAAUGGUCUGCCCUCCAGCAAAGACGAGAAUGUCAAUGGAGAAUCCAGAAGGAAAACAAUCAUCACAGAAGUCACCACGAUGACAUCCACAGUUGCUACAGAGUCAAAAACUGUCAUUAAGGUAGCAAAGGGGGACAAGCAAACUGUGGUUUCUUCCACAGAAAAUUGUGCCAGAUCCACUGUCACAACUACCACCACCACUGUGACAAAGCUCUCCACACCUUGCCCAGACACUGGAAUGAACACCAUCUCUGUAAAGGAGCAAAGCAAAACUGUGGUGACCACGACAGUGACGGACUCCCUGACCACUGCAGGGAGCACACUGGUGACCUCUAUGACCGUGAGCAAAGAAUACUCCACAAGAGACAAGGUGAAACUGAUGAAGUUCUCAAGACCCAAGAAGACCCGUUCAGGAACAGCCCUGCCGUCCUAUAGGAAGUUUGUUACCAAGAGCAGCAAAAAGAGCAUUUUCGUGUUGCCUAAUGAUGACUUGAAAAAGCUGGCCAGAAAAGGAGGGAUCCGGGAAGUCCCUUACUUUAAUUAUAAUGCAAAACCUGCCUUGGACAUAUGGCCAUAUCCUUCUCCUAGACCAACCUUUGGUAUCACGUGGAGGUAUAGACUCCAGACGGUCAAAUCCUUAGCAGGAGUGAGCCUGAUGUUACGGUUACUGUGGGCCAGUUUGAGAUGGGAUGACAUGGCAGCCAAGGCUCCUCCAGGAGGAGGGACCACACGGACAGAAACAUCUGAAACUGAAAUCACAACCACAGAAAUAAUUAAGAGGCGUGAUGUGGGUCCUUACGGCAUUCGUUCUGAAUAUUGUAUUAGGAAGAUUAUUUGCCCCAUUGGAGUUCCAGAAGCACCAAAAGAAACACCCACACCUCAGCGGAAAGGCCUUAGAUCAAGUGCACUGCGGCCAAAGAGACCUGAAACACCCAAGCAGACCGGCCCUGUUAUUAUUGAAACCUGGGUGGCAGAAGAGGAGUUGGAACUCUGGGAGAUCAGGGCUUUUGCUGAGAGAGUGGAGAAAGAAAAGGCUCAGGCGGUGGAGCAGCAGGCUAAGAAACGUUUGGAGCAGCAGAAGCCUGCGGUCAUUGCCACGUCUACCACAUCCCCACCAAACAGCACAAGCAGCACGGUCUCUCCAGCUCAGAAGGUGAUGGUGGCUCCCUUGAGUGGUUCUGUCACCCCUGGGACGAAGAUGGUGCUAGCCACCAAAGUUGGGUCUCCUGCCACAGUUACAUUCCAGCAAAAUAAGAACUUCCACCAAACCUUUGCCACAUGGGUGAAGCAAGGCCAGUCCAACUCAGGCGUGGUCCAGGUACAGCAGAAAGUCCUGGGUAUCAUUCCAUCGACAACAGGUCCAAGUCAGCAAACCUUGACUUCAUUCCAGCCCAGGACUGCAACAGUCACAAUUAGGCCCAAUACCUCAGCCUCUGCAGGAACCACUACCACGUCACAGGUACUCACGGGGCCUCAGAUCCGUCCUGGUAUGACCGUGAUUAGAACACCACUCCAGCAGUCCACACUAGGAAAGGCAAUUAUUCGAACCCCUGUGAUGGUGCAGCCAGGUGCUCCCCAACAAGUGGUGACUCAGAUCAUCCGAGGACAACCUGUUUCCACUGCCAUUUCUGCUCCAAGUACGGCUUCUUCAGCACCUGGGCAAAAAGGCUUAAGUCCAGGAGCACCAGCUGGGACUCUGCAGCCUGCAGCCCCACAACCCCCUCGUCCCCAGCAAGGGCAGGUGAAGCUCACCAUGGCUCAGCUCACUCAGUUAACACAGGGCCACGGUGGCAACCAAGGUUUAACAGUAGUAAUUCAAGGACAAGGUCAAACUACUGGCCAGUUGCAGUUGAUACCUCAGGGGAUGACCGUCCUUCCAGGACCAGGGCAACAGCUCAUGCAAGCUGCAAUGCCCAAUGGUACUGUGCAGCGAUUCCUCUUUACCCCGCUGUCAACAACGGCCACAACCGCCAGCAGCAGCACAACCACUGCUUCUGCUGCAGCAGCAGCAGCAGCAGCAGCAGCAGCAACAGGUUCUGGGGAACAAAAACAGAGUAAAUUGUCGCCCCAGCCCCAGGUCCAACCAGCCACAACCAUGGUGCCCACUCAGUCGUCAAGUGUGAGUCCUGCAGAAGGCCAGCCACAGACUCCUCAGCCUGCAGCACAGCCCCAGCCCCAGCCCCAGUCCCCAGCUCAGCCUGAAGUCCAGACCCAGCCAGCUGUCUCGGCCCAUGUCCCUUCUGAAGCACAGGCCUCCCAGGCACAGUCAUCUAAAUCCCAGCAACAGUGUCAGCCUCAGAGCAGUGUCCAAGGACAGUCUCCUGUUCGUGUCCAGAGUCCACCACUGACUCGAAUACGUCCAUCAACUCCAUCCCAAGUGACUCCUGCACAGCAACCCCAGGUUCAGACUACAACCUCACAGCCGGUUCCAAUCCCGCCCCCCACAUCUAUGCAGACACCUUCCCAGGGCCAGCCACAGUCACAGCCCCAGGUACAGUCUUCAACUCCAACAUUAAGUCAAGUUACUGGUUCAUCCCCGUCCUGUCCUCAGCUCCAAACACAGCAGCUGCAGCUCCAGCAAGUCCAGGUUCUCUCUCAGAUCCAGUCACAGGUUGUGGCUCAGACACAGGCUCAGCAAGGUGGUGUGCCCCAGCAAAUCAAACUGCAGUUACCCAUUCAAGUUCAGCAAAGCAGUGCUCUGCAGACUCAGCAUAUUCAGAGUGUGGUCACAGUGCAGGCAGCCAGUGUGCAAGAGCAGUUGCAGAGGGUUCAGCAACUCAGGGAUCAGCAGCCAAAGAAGAAGCAGCAGAUAGCAGUUGAGCGUGAACACACCCUCCAAGCUUCUAACCAAAGUGAAAUCAUUCAGAAACAGGUGGUGAUGAAGCAUAAUGCUGUAAUAGAACAUUUAAAACAGAAAAAGACCAUGACUCCAGCUGAACGAGAAGAAAAUCAAAGAAUGAUUGUGUGUAACCAGGUGAUGAAGUAUAUUCUGGAUAAGAUAGAUAAAGAGGAAAAGCAGGCGGCGAAGAAACGCAAGCGCGAGGAGAGCGUGGAGCAGAAGCGGAGCAAGCAGAACGCCAGCAAGCUCUCGGCUCUGCUCUUCAAACACAAGGAGCAGCUCAAAGCCGAGAUCCUGAAAAAGAGGGCACUCCUGGACAAAGAGCUGCAGAUCCAAGUGCAGGAGGAGCUGAAGAGAGACCUGAAAAUGAAGAAGGAGAAAGAUAUGGCCCAGGUGGUGCAGGUCGGUGCUGCGGCAGUGUCCACACCCUCAGUGCCAGCGCCAGCACCAGCACCAGCACCGGCAGCCCCUGCAGCUCCUGCUCCUCCUCCUUCGCCUCCCUUGGCGCACAGUCUGCCACCUGCAGGCCACCCCGCAGCCCCAGUGCCUGUCGCUUCCCAGAAGAGGAAGCGGGAGGAGGAGAAGGACUCCAAGUCCAAGAAGAAGAAGAUGAUCUCUACCACCUCAAAGGAGGCCAAGAAGGACACCAGGCUGUACUGCAUCUGCAAGACGCCAUACGACGAGUCCAAAUUUUAUAUUGGCUGCGAUCGAUGUCAGAAUUGGUACCACGGGCGCUGUGUUGGCAUCUUGCAGAGUGAGGCAGAGCUCAUUGAUGAGUAUGUCUGUCCACAGUGCCAGUCGACAGAGGAUGCCAUGACAGUGCUCACACCACUGACAGAGAAGGAUUACGAAGGCUUGAAGAGGGUGCUGCGCUCCUUACAGGCCCAUAAGAUGGCUUGGCCUUUCCUUGAACCGGUAGACCCCAAUGAUGCACCAGAUUAUUACGGGGUUAUUAAAGAGCCAAUGGACCUUGCCACCAUGGAAGAAAGGAUACAAAAGCGUUACUAUGAAAAGCUGACAGAGUUCGUGGCAGAUAUGACCAAAAUUUUUGAUAACUGCCGGUACUACAACCCCAGUGACUCCCCCUUUUACCAGUGCGCAGAAGUCCUUGAGUCGUUCUUCGUACAGAAACUAAAAGGAUUCAAGGCUAGCAGGUCUCAUAACAACAAGCUGCAGUCUACCGCUCCUUAGAGCUCAGCGUGUCACUAAGCGAGACACAGCGAGAGUCUGGUGGUCUGAACUAUUUAAAUUAAAGCGCCAGAUGUUUUCAGUCAGGCUAGCCUGACGAGACUUGACCGUAACCUCGUUCCUAUUGGUCACAACAGUCCAAUUGUAUUCUUGGCCAAUUUUGUCCAACGGACAAAGGAAAAGCAAAGUCCACGGCACCAUUGUCUUGUCAAGAGCAAAUGGCUUUACUGUUGUGGCAGAAGCAGGAAACUUUUGUUUAUUGAAAAAAAAGAAAAAGCAAGAAAAAAAAAGACACUAUGGGGUCAAGUGUGACUCCGUGGAAAUGCCACGUCCGCUCUUCAGUGAAGAAGCUGCUUAGAGUCACAGAAACCUUUCUGACUGUAUUUAUUUAUUGUUGCAAAAAAGACGCUUUUUUAUUGCUGCCCUCAUUUGUCAGCUAAUUAUUUUUUCUUAUAAAAUCCAGCCCUGGUUACAUGUAUCCAUCCUAUAUCUUAUCAUGAUUCCUGUAGGUGAAGUACAAGGCGACCUCUAGAUGUCUUUUCUUUCUAUGAAAGGAGCUGCUAUGUACACAUGUGCACACACAACUGGGAAUCAACAAUGAGUUUAUUGUUCAUGGUAGACACAGAUGAGGCGUGCAGAAAGGCUGGGAUAAGUGGUCCUGGACUACAGACUUCGUUGCCUUGAAUACACCAGUACAAAUUGUCAUUUACUCUGCACCAGGCUAAAUGAGCAGAAUCUAUUUGAAGGGAUCUUGUUUGUAAACAUUUUGUCAGAUUCUAAUUUUUUUUUCUUUUUGUAUUAAAAUUCAACUAUGGAUGUAUAUGAACCGAAAUAAAUGGAGAUAAUUUUUCUCCCACA